UUGAUUCGUGAAUGGUAAUUUGAUAAUAUGUUAUCAAAUUAAUAAUAUUAUCAUUUAAAAAAUACUCAUUUGUAUUUUGCUUGUAAUUUAUUAAUUUGUUUAUUUAUGUUUAACUCAAUUAAGUUCUCUUACAUUAUAGUACCAUAAAAUACUUAAACACGAGUUGUAAAUGUACAACCUUUUUUAAUAAAUAUUAUUGUUCAUUUUAAUUUAGUACCUAUGUAUAUUUUUACUUAUUCAAGUAUAAACACUAUUUUUUUUAUAGGCAUUAAUACAGUAUGGCAGUAACCCAAUGUUUAAUAAAUUUUAUAUAUUUCCAAUUAUGUGCACAGACCUAUUUAUAUCUAUAAUAUAAAUAAUAUUGUGUUAUAUAUGUUUUGAAUACAAUAAAGAAUAUUUAAAUAUGGCUCCACUAAUAAUUGAUUUUGAAAAAGUCUGUCGAUUAUGUCUUCGCGAAGAUGAUGGACUUAGUAAAAUGGUAUCAAUAUUUGAAGAACCAGUUCUUGAAGAGACUAUAAGAAAUUGUGUGCAAAUCGAGGUGUUAUUAAAUACUGAUGAACCGACCAAUAUAUGUACUAGUUGCAUAUUGAGUUUGGAUUCUUGGGGAAAAUUCAAAUUGCUCUGUGAUAAUACCAAUGCAUUCUUACAGCAAUACAGACAGGAUAAGAACGAGUCUGACCUAGUGUUCAAUUCUGACAUAACAAACUUAGUACCAAUGGGAUUCACACCAUCUCAAAUGUCGGACUUGAGUAUCAGUUUUUUUGAAAGUGAUUCCUUAUGGAAUGGUUUAUCACAACCAUGGAAUGAAAGUGAUCUUAUAUCUACAGUUUCACCUGUUCCAAAAUAUAUGAAAAAAGUACAGCCACCCGAAGAUUUAACUAAUGAUACCAUAUCUGGUAAAGAAUGUUUGGAUAUAGCCUUGAGUGUAUUAAGCAAAAAAGACUCUAAUUUUACAUACACCCAAGCCAAGUGGUGGAAUCCCAAAGCUAUUUCUAUGAAAAAAAUACAAAAGGAAAAUGAAAAACCUAUUUUAAAGAAUGGAAUAUCAAUAUCAAUGACUAAAUAUAAUCGAUAUCAGCGUAAAACGUAUUCCUGUAAUGUAUGUUCAGAAACAUUUUCGAAAUUCAACGAUCUCAUUGUACACGACUCAAGUGUGCACAUUGACAUGACCAAGAACUAUAGUUGCAAAAAGUGUGGAAAGCUGUUUUUGUCUGAAGAACGUCUAGAGAUACAUGAGAAUGUUCAUAGAGAAAAAUCCUUUGUUUGUCAAAUAUGUCAGAAGAAGUUUACUCAACAAAAGACUCUUGAUAUACAUUUGAAUGUUCAUAUUGGUUUAUACCCUUGUCAGAUAUGUGAUUUUAAAGCUCAGUCAAUGUACAAUUUAAAAAUUCAUGAAAAUACUCAUUCAAAAGUCAAAGAGCACCAUUGCCAGGAGUGUAAAAAGGAGUUUUCAACGGUAUCAUCAUUGCGUAGACACAAUCGACUUGUUCAUCAAAAGUUAGUUUGGUUCCGUUGUGAUCAAUGUAAUUACUCUACAAGCCAGCCAUCAAAUAUAAAGUAUCACAAAUCUAUCCAUGAACCACAAAAUUGUAUUUGUGAUAAUUGUGGUGCACGAUUUAAAAACCGAGAUUUGUUCAUGGUACAUAGAAAAACACACGAAGAAGCAAAGUUGAGCUGCACUCACUGCUCGAAACUAUUUAAAAAAAAGUCACAUCUUAAAGAACAUUUGAGCAGUUGUUGUGCACUGUAUCCUAGCAUAAAGAAAUUUAAAUGUGAUAUGUGCGAAAAAAAUUUCACGAGAAUCAAAAAUUUGUGUGCUCACAAAGAUAAACAUCAUCCAAUUAUUAAUGAAAUUUAGUAAUAAAAAAAAAAUGGUUUUCUUAAUAAACUAGGAUUACCAAGCAUCAUAAGUUAUUGUUUUAUAUACCUACAUUUUAAUUUACUUAAAUAAUAAUUUAUUUAUAAUCAUUCCACUCAAAAUACUCAAUGUUGAUUGUGAUUUUUAAUUGUUUAAUACAUUAAUACCAUAAACUAAAGAUGUAAAAACAAUUUUAAUCAUUUUAAUAUGUAUACUUUAUAUAUUUUAAAUAAAGAAAAAACAUUUAAGUGUUUGUAAUUGUGUAUGUAUAUAGUUAGGGAAGAAUUAUAGGGUAUUAUAUUUCUGUGUGCUGUAUUUAAAAUUGUAUUUUAGAUUCUGAGCGAAGCGAUAAAUGUAUUGAAUUUACAA